AUGGCGCCUAAACGUAAGACUCGUUCUACUAAAGGCGAGAGUUCCGGUUCAGUUCCUAAGGCGAAGAAAUCGGCCGUUGCGUCGGUGGUGGAAAAUGAGCCGAUACAGGUUGCGGAUUCUGAAAUUGACUCGACGGUGAGGUUCUUAGACGAGCCGGUAGCUGAUGCGGAGGCGAGGAGGACUUGGCCUGAGAGAUACCAAGAGAUCGACGUCGAGAGAAAGGAAGUUGAAGCUGUAUCAAAGAAAAACAAGAAGGAUGAUGAUGAUGAAGAGAAAAUCAUUCGAGCGAUACGCCAUUUCCGACGUGCAAUUGUUGAUGAGUGCCAUAUAUAUGAACUUAAUGAUGAUGCUCAUGUGCAGGCUGGUGAAGGAGUUGAUCCCUUUAUUUGCAAAAUUGUUGAAAUGUUUGAAGGAGAUGAUGGGAAUUUACAUUUCACAGCUCAGUGGUUUUACAGAGCGCGUGAUACCGUAAUUGACCAGCACAAGGAUCUGAUCAAUGACAAACGUGUGUUUUUCUCUGAGGUUCGAGAUACAAAUCCAUUGAACACUCUUGUGAAGAAACUGAAAAUUUCAAUGAUUCCCUUAACGGAAAAUACUGAGGAGAUUUUUGAUGCAACGAAAAACUGUGAUUAUUACUGUGACAUGAAGUAUCUUUUGCCUUACUCCACUUUUGAAGCUUUACAACCAAAUGCCAAGAUGUCUUCCAGUGAAAGUUCCACAAUAUCCAACGAUAUUGAUGUGAACAGAGGAGCUGCUACUACAUCAGAUCAUGAGGAAGGUUCACAUUCUCAAAGAACGGAUGCAACGUUGCUAGACUUGUAUUGUGGUUGUGGUGCCAUGUCUACUGGUUUGUGCAUGGGGGCCCAACUAGCUGGUCUCAAUCUUGUCACUAAAUGGGCUGUCGACCUCAAUGAGUAUGCUUGCCAAACUCUAAAGUACAAUCAUCCAGAAACACAAGUAAGAAACGAGUCCAUGGAUGAUUUUCUGAUGUUGCUUAAGGAAUGGGAGAAGUUUUGCUGUCAUUUCUGUUUGAGAAAAUGUCCGAAUUCAGAAAAAUAUGACACCCUUUACGGGAUGACUAGCGUUGAGGAUGAUGAAGAUGGCAGUGAGGACACUGAUGACGAAGACGGUGAAGAGGUUUUUGUGGUGGAAAAGAUCCUAGAUAUUAUGUUUGGAGAUCCUAACAAGUUAAAGAAACGAGGACUUUAUUUGAAGGUACGAUGGAUGAAUUACGGGCCUGCACAUGAUACUUGGGAACCUAUUCAAGGACUAAGCAAUUGCCGAGAAAAGAUCAAGGAGUUUGUUGUACAUGGAUUUGAAUCAAGCAUCCUUCCGUUACCAGGAUUUGUUGAUGUUCUUUGCGGAGGGCCUCCGUGCCAAGGAAUGAGCGGCUUCAACAGGUUUAGGAAUGAGAAAGAGCCGCUAGCAGAUGAGAAAAACAGGCAACUCAUUGUGUACAUGGACAUUGUGGAAUUCCUUAACCCGAAGUUUGUUUUGAUGGAGAACGUUGUCGAUAUGCUCAAGUUCGCCGGUGGCUACCUUGCUCGUUAUGCCGUCGGAAGACUAGUCCAGAUCAACUAUCAAACCCGGAUGGGUAUGAUGGCAGCAGGUGCGUAUGGUCUUGCACAGUUCCGAAUGCGCUUCUUCUUAUGGGGUGUGCAGUGUAGCGAGAGGCUUCCUCAGUUUCCACUUCCUACACAUGAUGUUGAGGUGAGAGGAGUCAUUCCUCUAGAGUUUGAGAGAAACACAGUGGCUUACGAUGAAGGCCAUUCUGUGAAGUUGGAAAAAAAGCUCUUUCUUGAAGAUGUGAUUGACGACCUUCCUGCUGUUGCAAACGAUGAGAAGAGGGAUGCGAUACCAUAUGACAAAGUUCCCAGAACAGCAUUUCAACAAUAUAUCAGAUUAAGUAAAGAAGAAAUGGUUGGUUCAUCGACAAAGUCCAAGUCCAAGUCCAAAAAGGAUGGUUUAUAUGAUCACCAUCCUUUAAAUCUGAACAAAGAUGACUAUCAACGUGUCUGUAGGGUCCCCAAAAAGAAGGGAGCGAAUUUCAGAGACUUUCCUGGUGUUGUUGUUGGACCCAAUAAUGUAGUUGAAUUUGAUCCUAAAAUCCCCAGGGUCUUGCUUGAAUCCGGAAACCCGUUGGUUCCAAACUAUGCGAUGACGUAUGUCGAUGGCACAUCAUCCAAACCUUUUGGAAGACUCUGGUGGGAUGAAACAGUCCCAACUGUUGUUACCCGAGCAGAGCCUCAUAAUCAGGUGAUUAUUCACCCGAUUCAAGACCGUGUCUUAACAGUCCGUGAAAAUGCUAGACUUCAAGGGUUCCCGGAUUACUAUAAACUCUUUGGCCCUACUAAGAAAAAAUAUACUCAGGUGGGGAAUGCAGUUGCAGUCCCAGUUGCUAGGGCUCUUGGAUAUUCUCUAGGACAAGCUUUCCAAGGUCUUGCAGUUGGUAAUGAUCCACUUCUUACUCUGCCUAAGGGGUUUCCAAACAUAAAGGGAAAUCUUACUUCUGAAUCAGUGGAACAUUCUCUCGCGGCAAUAAGAGAUUCCACUUGUGCUUCCGAGUGA